AUGUGGGCGUGGCUCCGACCCCUCUUCGUCCUGCUCUUCCCAGAAGAGGUCACCAACCCACCGUGGGGCGAGCCCGGCACCGUCUCCUCUCCCCUCCGCCGCAUCGACGCCAUGGGGCGAGCGCUGGGCCUCCGUCCUGGCCGCUGCCUGCUCAAGGCGGACUCGAACCUCGCCGUCUGUGGGUCCGUCAAGGCUCGCGGCGGCAUGUUUGAGGUGUUUAAUGUGGCUGCGCACCUCGCAAAGGCCUUUUUCGGCGGUUUGGAGGUGCGCGAGUCCGAGCUCCAGUCGGUCUUUGACCCUCGCGGCGCCGGCUUCUCCUCGGCCGCCCUCGCCGAGGACCCAAAGCUCCGUGCGCACCUGGCAGAGCGAGAGAUCGUCGUCGGCUCUACGGGCAACCUCGGCCUGAGCGUGGGGCUCGGCGCCGCCGCCCUUGGCAUGCGCGCGGCGUGGAAGAAGAGCCUGCUCCGCUCGCGCGGCGUCGUCGUCGUGGAGCACGCGGGGCUGUACGACGAGGCCGUGGCGGCCGGGCGGGCGGAGUCCGCCUCCAACCCGGCCUCACACUUUGUGGACGACGAGUCGAGCCGCGUCCUCUUUUUGGGCUACAGCGCCGCCGCCUUCGAGCUGCGCGCGCAGCUCGCCGAGCUCAACGUCGAGGUCAGCCCGGAGCGGCCCCUGGUCGUGCACAUCCCCUGCGGCGUUGGCGGCGCGCCGGGCGGCCUCUGCUGGGGGAUGCACCUCGCCUUUGGCGCCGCACAGCCCGUCCGCGUGUUCUUUGCCGAGCCAGUCGCCGCGCCGUGCGUCACGCUCGCCCUCUGCACGGGCAAGGGAGCGGCCGUCUGCGUAGCGGACAUUGGCCUCGACGGCAAGACAGAGGCGGACGGCCUGGCCGUCGGGCGGGCAUCUGCGCUGUGCUUCGAGACUUGCGCGCCUCUGGUCGAGGGGAGCUACACCAUCGAGGAUUGCACGCUGUUCGAGCACUUGGGCGCGCUCGUGGAGCUCGAGCGCAGCUUCAUCGAGCCGUCGUGCUGCGCGUGCUUCGCCGGGCCUGGCCACCUCGCGGCGGGGUCGCAGCGGGCGCGCUGGCUCCUCGCGGAGGGGACCCACGUCUUUUGGGCAACGGGCGGCUCGCUGGUCCCGGAGGCUGAGCGAGAGGCACUCGUCGCUCGCACACCCAUGGGACGGCAAUAG